UAUAAAUAGAGGUAUAUUAAUUGAUGUUUUGAGUUCCAUGUCAACCGUUAUGGCAGCCUUCUCCUUGUGGAAUCAUCCCGCCGGACCCAAAACCAUUCACUUCUGGGCCCCAACCUUCAAAUGGGGUUUAACAAUAGCAAACGUUGUAGAUUUUAGUAAGCCACAUGAGAGCAUCUCAUAUCCUCAACAAAUAGCUCUUGCUGCUUCUGGACUCAUAUGGGCUCGUUACAGUACUAUAAUUACCCCGAAAAAUUGGAACUUAUUCGGUGUGAGCUUGGGAAUGUCAGCCACAGGGAUUGGUCAACUUGCCCGCAAGGCUUGGCACGACUACUACUCUGAGAAGAAUACAACUAAAGCAGAGGAGUAAUGUCACUUGCCAAAUAACAAUACUCCAUCCGUCCCAUAAUAGAUGUCACAUUUUUUCUUUUGGAAAAAGUUUCCUGUCACAUCAAUUAUAAAAUUAUAUUUUCUCUUACCAUUUAACACACAAAACAACAUCUUCUAAAAUCUCGUGGCAUCUCACGGGUGUGCCAUCUUCCUUGGGACGGAGGGAGUAGUUCACUAUUCAAAUAGUGCACCUUUAUUUUACAAUUGCAUGCAUGGUUAUAUAAACUUAAUACUCUGUGUUUCUUCAGUAAUAAUAAAGGCUAUAUUUCUGUAAAAA